AUGUCAGGACUCUCCGGUGUAGUCAGAUCGGAUUUAGAGCUUUCCGAUGAGAUUCUAUCGGUAAUCCCAACGGAUCCUUUCGAGCAGCUGAAACUCGCGAAGAAGAUCACGUCCAUGGCGAUCGCCUCUACGGUGUAUACUUUGGAAGCUGAGGUGGUCGAACUGAGGCAGAAACUCCAGGAGAUGGAGAUGUGUACGCACGAGCUCGAGAGUAAGGCUUAUCGUUACGAGAGAGAUUUCCGAGAAGCUGAUUCAAGGUUGGAGAUUGUCCUCCAUGAUAAUAUGAAUCUGACAAAGGAACGCGAUUCGCUUGUAACCACUGUAACGAAUCUGAAUCGUGAAAUGGCUAAGUUCGAGACCUUCAAGAGGAAACUGGUUCAAUCCCUAAGUAAUGAUGAUGAGAUUGCUCCUCCGCAAACAGAUUCUGUUGAUAUCAAGACAUAUGACCAGUCGGUUCCUGUGUCUUAUCCAGACAAAGACCAAAGGACAAGGUUCCACCAUUCUUACAAUGAAUCCGUGGACAAGACUCAUCAUCCGGUUGAGGAAGUUCCCAUUUACACAGGACCAAAAUUCUCUGUUUCUCCCUGGCUCACUCCACAAACUAAUUCUACUGUAGGAUCUCCCAAGGCAAGAACUUCUGGUUGGUACCCCUCAACAUCAAGCCAACGAUCAUCAGCUGCAAAUUCUCCUCCUCGUGGCCUCCCACUUCAAGCUCCUCGUAUCGAUGGCAAGGAGUUUUUCCGUCAAGUCAGAAGCCGAUUAUCAUAUGAACAAUUUAAAGCCUUUUUGGCUACCAUCAAAGAACUGAAUGCUCAGAGGCAAACCCGAGAGGAAACCCUGAGGAAAGCGGAUGAGAUAUUUGGGACAGAGAACAAAGAUCUAUACAUGUCUUUGCAACGACUUCUCAACAACAACAACAAAAGUUAG